CCCUAUCCUGUACCUUGGACCCACAGGGUGGGUGGGGGCUGUGCCCAUGUGCCCAUGUGAUGCACCAGCCUCUCCAGUCAGCCCCGUUUGUGAGCCAAACAGUCCCUGUGCAGGACCCUGAUGGUGCCCUGGAGUCAUUUAAACAACCCAUGCUGUAGAAAGGGCAGUGUCCAGCCCUGCAGCCCUGGACAGCCACCAUAUCCCCAUCAGGGAGGAGCCCAACUGUGCAGACAGCUCGAGGGGCCGGUGUCAAGGAGAGGAGGAUGAACAGAAAGAGGGAUCAGUGUGAGGCCACCCUGUGGGCUGGGACCAUGUGCCCACUCUGCCCUCACUUGCCAGGUGAGGACACAGAAGCCUGCGUGGGCCAGCGCCUCACCCAGCUGCGCCCGUGCGGAUCCCCGCCACGAGCUCCUCCCGCCUCUCUAAGGACCACCGCGGCCGCCUACCUGUGCAAGCUGAGCGCGCAGCGCCGCGAGCUCCCCCUGCAGACGCAACCGCUGGGUGCGCAGUGCCGCCGUCUGCCCCUGCAGGACGCGCCUCUCUGCCUGCGCCUCGGCCGCCUCCUGCCCCCCGCUGAGCUGCUGUGGCCGCCAGAGCACCUGGGCCGGAGAUGCUGGGCCUGGGCCAGGGAUUGGGAGGGCCCGAGUUUCUGAGAGCAGGGUCGUUCCAUCUAAGGCUGGCUCUGGCCUCAGCUUAUUUUCUCCUAAACAGCGUGUCCACAGCUGACUCCUCUGUUGUAGGGGUGCUUACUGACGGCAAGAAAUCCAGCCCCCUGACUCCCUGUGGGCCCCUCCAGCCUCAGUUUCCCCAUCUGUCAGCAGGGGACUGGAUGGGGCCUGGGUCUCUGCAGGCCUGCACACUUGCCUCCAGCAUCUCUCUAGGCCUCCCAUCAUGCUGAGGGGCUGAUCCUGCAAAGGACCACAGGGCCUCUCCCCUGCAGGCCUGUUCACCGCCUCCUGGUGACAGCGUACCCUGCCCUCCUGGGCACCCUCACCUGUCGCAGGGGCUCCAGCGAUCCCUCAGCCUCCUGGCACCUGUGCUGCAAGUUGGUGAGCUGCUCCUCCAGCAGCUUCCCCUUCUUGGCCAGGCCUUGAUUGUGCCUCCUGCUCUCAUCAAGGGCCUGGUGCAGCAUGUCCAGUUGCUCCUGGGGGAAGGAGACACAGGGCCCACCUGGAGACAGUGGGGGUGGGAGGCCCUGCAGUGAAACCCUCACCUCAGGGCAUCUGCCUAGACUGUCUGGCAGGACCGUAUCACUGGGAUGAAAACAGCAAGAACGUGGUUAAGAACAACUUGAAGUGUGUUGAUCAGGUGGUUGUGUUUGCAACGUAAGUCAAAGGUGUGGACCCCCAGGAAGCCUGAGAUGAAAGUCCUGGGGGUCUGGUCCAGCAUGGGCAAAGGUUCAGGCUUGGCAGGUUCUCUGCUGCAGCCAGUGGUCUCAGAGGGCACAUCAGUGGCAUCCCUGCCCUGCUUCCAGCUUUGGUGACUCCUACUGCCCUUGGGAUAAAGCCUGAGGUGACCCUCCCCAAGGCUCCUGGAGCGUGUUUGGCUCAGGCCCUGCUUGCCCCUUCUGGCAUUACACGGUGUGUUCUCCUGCUUCAGCUCCCACCUGGGGACAUGGCUAGUCCCAUACUGAGCUCAGGAGCUCC